AUGUUCAACCGCACGGUCGCUCGCUCCACCGUCAGGGCGCUCAACAGCGCCCGCACGGCUUUCAUUGCACCAGCAGUUGGCUCUAUCCGCCCGCUCUCCUUCACAGCCGUCCGCUCCAAGGAAGAAGACCCAAACAAGGACCCCAUUCUCUCCGCCACUGACCGCGCCGAGAAGGGUGCCUCCGGCGACCAUGAGGGUGAAUUCGCCCGUACCGAUGACAGCGUUCAGAUUCCAUACCCGCCUGACAGCCAAUAUCCCGCCCAGCCCGUUGUCCAGGGCCGCGGUGGGAUGCAUUUCAAGCGCACCCUGGCUCAAUUUUCCCUUGAAGGCAAGGUCAGCAUCGUGACGGGUGGUGCUCGUGGUCUGGGUCUGGUCAUGGGCCAGGGUUUGAUUGCUUCUGGCUCCGACCUGGCGAUCGUCGACUUGAACAAGACUGAGGCCGAGGAUUCUGCAUACAAACUUAUUGAGCAGUUCCGCAAGGAGAACCCCGGCUUGGAACAAAUGCCCAAUGUCACCGCCCACUACGCCGACGUCGCCAAUCCCGACUCCGUGAACACGGCUUUGGCCGAGGUGCUAGCCCAGCACAGCAAGAUCGAUAACCUGGUCACCUCUGCAGGUUUCACCGAGAACUUCGACGCGAUCAGCUACCCGUUCGAGCGCAUGAAGAAGCUCUGGGGCGUCAAUGUGGACGGCACCUACCUGUUCGCUACAGGCGUGGCUAAGCACCUGAUGGAACGCAACGCGCCAGGCAACAUCGUCAUGAUUGGCUCCAUGUCCGGUGCCAUUGUCAACGUGCCUCAGCCUCAGGCUCCCUAUAACGCUGCCAAAGCCGCUGUCCGACACCUCGCUGCGUCUCUCGCUGUUGAGUGGGCUGGCAAGGACAUUCGCGUUAAUUGUAUUAGCCCCGGCUAUAUGCUGACUGCUCUUACCCGCAAAAUCCUCGACGAAAACCCCGAACUCCGCGACAAAUGGACCUCCCUCAUCCCCGUCGGCAAAAUGGGUACUCCCGAAGAUCUAAUGGGCGCCGUAACCUUCCUCCUCUCCGACGCCGCCAAAUACAUCACCGGUGCCGAGCUCCGCGUCGACGGCGGCUACACCGUGACCUAA